AAUAGUCAAGGAUCAAGGCUAGAAGUACACUCAGCUGGAAAAAUGUCAAGCUUCAGCUGCAGUUGCAUUGAUCUAAUGAGACGACACCCGGUAAAUUAUACGCCAUCGAUCGGCUCCGAUAGCGCCAAGAUUUGGUAUAAGUAAGCCUCGGGAUAUCAACUUCGAGGAUUGAUAAGAGAACCGGGACACUACAUCAUUCAUCAUUCAUAUGUCAUAUGCUUCUCAACGAUUUAACUCAACAUUACCUAGGUACUCAUUUAGAACUAGCAGAUCGUUCUCAUUUAACAAUAUCAAACAAACGCAUCUCCCUCUUAAUAUUCUUUCAUUAGACCUACCUUAUUAGACCACAUUUGUCCCAUUAUCCACCUAUUAUUAAUGCUCAAGAUGACUACCGAAACUACCGUCCGAACUUUCUUCAACUCCCCUCAAUUCGCCGUGGUGGGCGCGAGCACGAACCCCGCCAAGUUCGGCCAUAAGGUCUUCACUUGGUACCAUGCACACUCGCUCCCGGUGACGCCCAUCAACCCGGCGAGCGCCAGUAUAGAAACGCCUUUCGGCGUGCACCCGACCGUCAAGUCGCUCGCCGACCUGCCCGAUCCGCAGCACACCUCGCUGUCGGUCAUCACGCCAGCACCCGUGACCCUGACCGUGCUGAAAGAGGCCAAGAAGCUCGGUAUCCCCGCCGUGUGGCUUCAGCCGGGCACCUGGGACGAUGCGGUGCUCGACUAUGCGCGCGGUGGUGCGGAAGGAGCGGAAGAGGGUGGCUACGAGGGCGCCUUAGUCGCUGGGGACGGCGGCAGCGGCCAUGGCGGCUGGUGCGUCCUCGUCGACGGUGAGCGUGGCCUCAAAUCGGUAGGAAAACUCAAGAGGCGUGGGGUGGGAAAGCUUAUGGGAGCGGUGUGCGCUCUAAUGUGAGCGCGACGACUUGCGCCGAUAUCAUAUUUCGACAGAUGAAUUUUCGUCACUAAUUGAUAGAAUCCAAUUGCAUA